CUGCAUCACCUCGAAACGAGCAACUCUCAGUGUAGAAAGCCAGCCAAGCUCUCAAGUAGCCGUUUUGGACCUUUCUUCUCUUCCUUUCUCACUUGCCGUGUAUGCUCUCCUUUUGUUGCUCGCUGUUUAUCGGCUCGCCUUUAUUCCAACCUUCAUCGAGAGAGAGUGAGAGAAACCGGAGGAAGCAAUGCCAACCCAUGACUUCCUCCUCCUCCUCCUCCUCCUCCUCCUCCUCCUCUUCUUUAAACCUGUCCUUUCCCGCAGACUCCUCCACCAUCCCUUCUUCCCUCUCACCUCUUCUUGGCCUCCUGCCCAACCCCCUUCCAUUAGCUUCCCCAAAUACCCCUUCUCCACGAAUCAAAAACCUUUCUUUCCUUCCAACCCCACUCCUCCUCCACCUCCACCUCCACCUCCCUCCGCUUCGUCAUCCCUCCCUACUUUUCCGGCCAACAUCUCUUCACUUAUCACCCCUUCUUCCCAUUCCCCUACCACCAAACUUCUCCAAGCCAUUGCCUUUCCCAUUCUCUCCCUCGCCCUUCUAUCUCUCCUUCUCCUUCUCUUUCUCUUCUUCCGCCGACGAAGCCGGAGUGACCGCGCCGAUGACGGCUCCGAUAGCGACCGGCUAUUCCCUCCCAACUCUGCCGCAUCCGAUAGCCGGAAGCCGUCGGCGAACUCUGGACCGGUGAGUUCCGAGUUUCUGUAUCUUGGUACUCUUGUGAACUCCCGUGGCCAGGAAGAUGGUUCCAGUGCACCAGCACCAGCGCCGCCGCCGGCGAGCUCACCGGAGCUCCGCCCGCUCCCGCCCCUUGCUCGCCAUGUUCGGAAGGGGGAUGGCGAAGGGGGUUUCUCUUCGGAGGAAGAGUUUUACUCUCCAAGCGUUUCUCCUGGUGAGAAGCGUGGUGCUGAUUUCAAGCAUGGAUCAAGCUCAAAAUUGAAUUUUUUUGUGACCGCGCCGCCGCCGGAGAAACGCGGGUCGACUGUUUCAACGCUGAGCACGCCGUCGUAUCCGUCUUCGAAUGUUGCGUCUUCGCCUUCCUCCUCGCCUCCUAUUGGCUCUAGCCCAGGACGAUCAAGUCACAAGCUACCAAGUGUUACUAUUUUCCGGCCGCCGCCUCCGCCACCUCCGCCUCGUGCCUACGUGCCGCUUCGUCCGAUGACUCCUUCGCCUCCAAAGAGGAAACCCCCUUCUUCUUCAUCGCCAUUUUCUCCAUCGAAGAAAGUUCCAGUAUCGAGUCAGAACCUUUGGUCGCCUAGAGCCAUUGGGGAGUUUGCAGGAAAACCUUUUGUUGUCCUUCCGCCACCACCGCCGCCACUUCCACCUGCCCAUCAGACCAAUGACAUGGUAUUUUCCACUGAUACACCUAAAAGUCCUGAAGUUAUGGAGAAGAGCGAGGAAAUACCCAAGCCCAAGCUGAAGCCUUUGCAUUGGGAUAAGGUCAAGGCGAGCUCUGAUAGAGAAAUGGUUUGGGAUCAGAUGAAAUCUAGCUCGUUCCAGUUGAAUGAGGAGAUGAUUGAGGCAUUGUUUGUUUAUGAUACAAAGAACAUGGUACAGGAGGGUGCAAGGCCUGUGAUUCCUUCUGCUACAGUGCAAGAUAUUAGAGUGCUUGAUCCAAAGAAGUCUCAGAACAUUGCGAUUCUGCUUAGAGCACUGAAUGUAACCAAGGAGGAAGUUUGCGAGGCGCUUUUGGAUGGUAACACUGAUGCUCUUGGUAAUGAGCUUCUGGAGACAUUACUGAGAAUGGCACCAAGCAAAGAGGAAGAGCUUAAACUGAGAGAAUACAAUGACAGUUCCCCUUUCAAGCUUGGACCAGCAGAAAGAUUUCUCAAAGCGGUGCUUGACAUACCAUUUGCAUUCAAAAGAGUUGAAGCGAUGCUCUACAUUGCCAAUUUUGACUCGGAAGUUAAUUACCUUAGAAAAUCAUUUGAAACUCUUGAGACAGCCUGCGAAGAGCUGAGAAAUAGUCGCCUUUUCCUAAAGCUUCUUGAGGCCGUUCUCAAGACUGGGAACCGUAUGAACGUUGGAACAAACCGCGGCGAUGCGCAAGCCUUCAAACUCGACACACUCCUCAAGCUUGUUGAUGUGAAGGGUACUGAUGGCAAGACCACUCUUCUUCAUUUUGUUGUUCAAGAAAUUAUCCGGGCUGAGGGUUCCCGCCGUUCUGCGGCCAAACUUCACUCAGCUACUGUAGGAGAUGAUCUCAACUGCAGGAGACUUGGUCUCCAGAUUGUCUCCGGGCUCGGUAAUGAGCUCGGCAAUGUGAAAAACUCUGCCAGUAUGGACUGUGAUGUGCUUAGUAGCUAUGUCUUGAAGCUUGCCGGCGGUAUCGGAAAAGUUAGAGAGGUGCUUCGACUAAACGAAGCUCUGAGCCCAGCUGAGAAUAGUGAGAGAUUCCAUGAUUCCAUGAUAAGCUUUUUGAAAAGGGCCGAAGUUCAAAUUGUUAAGCUGCAAGUGCAGGAGAGUGUUGCACUGUCUCUAGUGAGGGAGAUCACAGAGUAUUUUCAUGGAAACUCAGCCAAAGAAGAAGCUCACCCGUUCAGAAUAUUCAUGAUUUUAAGGGAUUUCCUGAACAUUCUUGAUCAGGUAUGCAAAGAGAUUGGGAGGAUCAAUGAGAGAACAUUUAUCAGCUCAGCUCGGCAACCUUCUACUGAAGUUAACCAAAUGACUCCACCUGUGUUUCCCAAGUUUCAGGCAGUCAGGUCUGGAAGUUCUGAUGAUGAGAACUCCUCUUAAGCUUCAUCUUUAUAUCACUGAAAAUUGGAAUUUUUUUCCUCUCCAGUGAAAUUUUGUCUUAUAGGCCUGUUAGAAAUUUGCUUUGUAGUCAGCGUAUGUAUAAAAUGAAGAAG